CGGCAAUAUUACGACACUGCGUCGCCCGUCCUCGUCGUUAUUAUCACCGCAGCCGUUGUUUAUAAUAUUAUCGCUGUUAGUACUAUGGCCGCCGGCCGUCCCGCGGUACCGUCGUCGCGGCCGAGACAGUACGUCGUCGUCGUAUUCGCCGGGACACGCAGUCCGCCGACCGACCGGAGAGCCGCCGGACAGCAGCAGCCGCGGACGUGAACUACCUGUCACCGACCGUCGCCGCGUUUUUAUAUACGUUCGGGCGGUGUCGCGCGAAACCCGCCGCGAGGCCCGGGCACCGAUCCGCCAUGGGCAAGGACCACGACCUGGUGGCGGCCGCCAAGACGGGCAACCUGAACGCCGUCGAGAAGAUACUCGUCCAGAAGGCCAAGAGGACGGGGCCGUUGGCCAGGUGAGAAAACCCGCGCGUACGCAUUGCCGUCCCUCCGGGGGCGCGGUGAUUUCGGUUUGGCCACUCCGCGCCGUGUGUGACGCCGCGGCACACCAGCAGCGGGGUGUCGCCCUUUCGCCGCGAGCCGUUCCCGGGUUCGCGCGCCGCGGGACAGGUGCGAAUAAUACGCGGCGUGUGCAGCGGGUGCCCCGCGUAAUCCCGUCGGAUUUUCGUCUCCGUCUUCACGGGGGCAUUAUUGCGAUUGUAUCGCGCGCGGCCCGUGGGUUCUCGAAUCGGACCGCGACGGACGAAACGGUCGGGGCGUCAAUCGCAAUCUCCGCGCGGUCGUCCCCGCAUCGACGGUUUUUCGGGUCGACUAUUUUAACGGGCCCGCAUUACGAGGGACAGGGGGACGGGCACGUCGUUAUCGUUACGAGUCGUCGAAGCAAAUAUUUGGCGAUUUUUUUUUUUUCUUUUUCUCUGCCCGUCCGUUCCGUUUUAAUAGGACAGAGUCCUAUCCAACGCGAAUACGGGCCCCCGCAACCCUUAGAGUUAACAGUGUCGCACGGCCCACGGCGCGGCGACGUGCUGCUGCUGUUGUUGUUGUUGUUGUUGUUGUUGUUGUUGUUUAUCCGCGGUGAAUAAUUAUUCGCAGAACGCGCAACUACGCCGCGUGAGUCACGCGCCCGACCGCGGUUACCUUAUUAAUACCCGGUAGCGUACCGUUAGAAUGUCGCGUUCGCUCACGUCCGUCCGAGCAGCGGGGAACACGUAUUUGUUGUUUUUUUUUUUUUUUCGCAUCCGUCUGGAAAACGCGGCGGGCACUCGACGGAUCCGUCGACCCGCAGACGGCCGGGAAACAAAUCGACUCCUAUAGGCGCAGGCGGUACAGGAGGGCAUGCGGAUCGAUACACCCGUGCGGCUCCGUAAUCCGAUUUUCGCCUGUCCCCCCCCCUCCGCCGCCGCGAUUUUUUUCGUUUUCCGACGGAAACCAAAGCGUCGCAGGUGUACGAUAUUUCGGGUUUUUCAUUUUUCAUUUUUUCUGACCUAUUUUCGCGGGCCCCGUCCCUCGAAGGUCGUCGUAAACGAUUUCUAUUGUCCCUUUCGACCCCCCGCUCCGCGUGUCUGCGCCCCUUUAUGCGUUCACGCCGCCGCCGCCGCCGCCCUCCCGCGCCCGUACCACCCGCGACCGCCGCCGCCGCGGGGUCGUAUUUUUAUUUUUUUUCUGUUGUUUUUUUUCGCGUUCGAAAUUCCCGUACGCCGACCCGCGCGUAAUACCGACGGACCUAAACAAUACCUCGGUAGCUAAUACCGGAUUCCGGCCGUUCGUUUACCGCGACUCGCGACCGGUCGUCCCCGAAUCCGAUAAUAUUAACGUUCUCGUACUCGUUUUCGUACCCACCGAGUCCGACCACCGCCCGGUAACGGGUUUUUCGCGUCGCCGUCGCGCUCGCGACGUAUGGAAAUGUUUUUUUAGAAAAAAAAAAAAAAAAAAGUCCACUUCUAACCACCCGCACAGUAACGCAGCAACUGCGGUCGUCCGUCAAAACUGUUGAAACGUUUCGACGGUCAUUGUUUUGACUGUGCAAAAUUAGUCCGUCAAAACAAUGACGUGUACUUGCCCGGAAACGGCGAUUUCGUCGAACGCCGCGCAGUCCGGGCGUUUAGAAGCGUUUCCGUUCCGACGUGCGUGUCUCCCGUCCGUGCGUCCGCACAUAUCGCGACGCGACAAGAACUCUGACCGACACCGACAGAUUUGUCGCGGACAUCCGUUCGAGAUCGGUUUUCCCCGCGUCGGUUUUAAAAGUGUUUCGUGUGUCUGUGCGCCGUUUUCCCGCCGGGACGCUGGCUGCGUGCAACGACUUAAUGGACGUUUUCUUGUAGCUUCUUGUAAAUCCGGGAAAACGAGGGGGAAAAUACGACCGAUGAUGUUACGCUCUGCGCGGCGUGGUUUUCCAUUAGCGCCGGUGUACAAACGAAAGCGUACGCUGUAACGUGUUUCGCGACACGGCAUCCCGGCCGGUCCAACUCCCUCGCCGAAACAGUGGCGUGUGCCCGUCAGCAGUGUUAGUUCGUUUUUCUAGGGGUUCGCGAUUGACGGCGGGACGACACAAACGAAUUGACGUGCCGAGUGCGCGCGUUCGCGGUAUCUGUAGUACGGACCGCCGGACGACCGCAAAGCCGAAAUGCGUUUCCACAGCAAUUAUCGUUGCCGCGAUUUUCGCCGCGAAAACGCGCCGCGUUGCGACACCUGUACCGCGCGCAAACGACGGCCGCGGCCGACCGCGCCGCGCGGCCCGUACAUCGGAUCGCACGAUCGAUAUUUGACCUCGGCCGUUGACCGAUUCGUAAAAACAACACGCAUUUAACGGCGUCUCCCCGCAACUGGAAACAUUAGAGUUUCGCUCUCGUCGUUGAUAUCCCGCGUCUACGCUGCGACGGCGACGAAUCCGGGACGGUGGGUGGGGAGACGGGCGCGAUCGCCUUUCAGCCACCGCCGCCGCCGCCGUCACCCCCCCCUCGCCCCCCCGCCGCGCUUCGAUCCCGUUCGCUAUAGCCGGCGUCACACGCUCUUGGCCCUAAUGCCGUACACUUGUUAGGCCCGUCGUCGCCAACGUAAACGCCGGUGUUUAAACGGAGUUUAUGAGGAUAAUCGACCGACCGCGGAUUAUUGAAAACGAUUUCGUUUUCACUAUCGGUUUGAGAAUCGGACGAACGCGUAUUUGUUUAUUUUUUUCAUUUUUUCCGAAAUAGAAUCGUGAAUAAAAUUAGCCGUCCGAGGAUAAUGGGGACGGGCGCAGCCGCUGCAGUUGCGCAUGGGUAAUUGGGAAGGUAGGAUAUAGACGGGAAUUCAAUGUAUACCUGUGUGUAACGAUUGACCGUUGCUGACGACCAAACGAUUCUGAGCGGAGUUCGGUCGUGAUGGUGUUGCUUCGUCAACAAUAUAAUAUAAUAUGCCAUUAUGGUAAAAUAAUUACGAUGCACUGUGUGUGUUUUUAAACGUUGUACCCGUUUUCCUGUUCUCGUGUUUUUCCAAUUUAUCGGGUAAAUCAAAAAGUAACCUCCGCAAAGCAUACCUCCGCAGUCAGAUUUCCUUUCAGAAAAAUUGCUAUCGUUAUAAAUCGGAGCGAAAUUGCUGGUAAAAAAGUUGUCCACAAAAGAGAAAAAAAAUUUAAAAAAUCAACGUCAUUGUAACAACAAUACAUUCCUCGAUCCAUUCCAGGCUCCGCGGCGUUUAGAGGGGGGGGCAUAGGGGCCUUGGCCCCCAUUAAACGUCAAACUACCGUGCCUAUAAAUAAUAGUUUCUCACGCGGAGGUCUGUUUAGAAGUUCAGAGUGUUAAUAAAUAUUAUAAUCACGGCUUCUGUUCGGACAGUUGUGCUAUCACAUCAGUAGUUAAAAGUACAGUUUUCGUACCGAAAGGACAUUGACCCCUUUCCCCUCCCCCAGAAGACGAAUCGAAUCCGCCACCGCUCCGCUCAGAAUCUAAAAUAAUCAUGAAAUUAACGCAGACGGAUAUCGCAAUUGGCGCGUAACGCGAUAUGAAUGUCCGGGCGUAUGGAAACACGAAAAUAAUAUUAAAAAAAAAUAUUGGCACCGGUUCCAGCACACCGGUCUUAUUAUAAUAAUAUUACUAUUGCGGUCCGGACGUUAAAAGCCACCGGCGGACGGCUCGUGGGGACUAUAAAUACCUAAUGUACAAUACGGUUUCAAAACCGAAUUCGAAUAUUCGAUAUUCGACCGUGCGCAAACAACACUCGUACACGCGCGUCGUACACAAUUAUACCCGUCCGAUAGAAAAUUAUUCGUGUAACGGAUGGAACGGCGGCUACUGCGUUCGCGUCCGAAUGUAAUGCGAUGACCCGCAGUCGAUAACGCGCCGAGUGCCGCGAAAUUCAGUGGAACCCAGAACGGCGUGUUACGAGCCCGUUCGUAAUUAUUAUUAUUCCAACGACAGUGGUCAUUGGAUCCUCUGGUGGAAACCGAACCGUUUCAGCGAUUUCGACGGAGGACACACAGUCUAACGUCCGGGGCGUAGCGGAUAUUCGCUUAUUGUGCGUUUACCGCUACGCAAAAUCAAUGGUCGGCGUACGAUUUGGUUGGGUUGGGUAGGUUUUGUAUCCGAAUGUCGUGUAGACAGGUAUUGUGGCACGGUAACCGGUAAAGUCCAAGAGCUCGACGGAAAACUCGGUCUGUCCGCUCGUGGACCUAUAAAGUAACAGUAUACGCGGCGGAUUUAAAAUAAUAUGCCGCGAUUUUCGAUAAAUCCGUCAAAAAACAUUCGCGACCCAGUGACCGAGUUUGAAUUACUACGGGUAGUCGUGCCGGGAUCACCGCGAAAUCUGCGGCGCGAGUGAUUAUUGUCGCUCCUUUCGCCGGUGCGGAGCGCCGCGCUCACGAAGUGCAAUACGAACAGACGGGAAGUCGGGCAAGUAGGAGUUAUUCAAAGUCAUUAAAUCUAUACAUCUGUAAUUAACGAUUUUUAACUAAUUGCUUGCUAACGAAACUCAAUUCGCUGAACGAACACGCGCGUUUCGAAAACAACUUUUACGAUUUUCUCCGUAAUUCAAUCUUAAAACUCUUGUAAAGAAGAAAAAACCACUACACUGCGCAAAUUAUUAUUAUUAUAAUUAUUUUCUUACCGCUUUACGUGUAAAACAUUCUGUUCUGGGUUUCACGUUUAAUUGUCGAGCAUUUCUUUUCGGUCAAACUUUAUUCGAAUAAUACCUACCGAACGACGACAUAAAAAAUACGUCCUUGGGUAAUGGGGACGGGUGCUGCCACUGUUAUAGGUAAUUUAAUGUGUACCUGUAAGCAACGGUAAACCAUUGGUUACGAAAAGAACGAUUCUGAGCGGAGUUCAGUUUAUAUUGAUGCUUUGUCAACAAUAUAUAUAUGCUAUGUCAUAGUAAAAUAAUUAAAUAGACUCUAUAUAUUUUCUUUAUUAAUAUUUGUUUAAUGUUGUACCGAUUUCCCCGGUUUUCCCGUGUUGUUUUCCCGGUUUUUCACAUUUGAUGAGAAAACUCUCGAGAAAACCGAAAAUCGAUCUUUCUAAAGUACCUCCCUACACCGAUUUCCUUUCGGAGAAGCUGCUACACGUAAACAUCGGAGCAAAUCCUCUGGUAGAAAAGUUGUCCACAGAAAAAAAAAAAACAUAAAUAAACAUUUUUGUAAAACCAUAAGCUUCUUCGCUCCACUUAGAAUCUAAAAAUAAAAAAAAAAAUCGAAAGUAUAAAUGUCUAUAAAUAACUCGAAAAUCGCUUGAUUGUUUUGAAAAUUUUACUACUUCCAGAAAAGGCUGAUAUGAGUGUUUUGAAUCUAAAACGUCCCCGUCACCGAUACGGAUUUAAAACACACGAGUGUAAACAAAUUCCGAAGGAUAAAAACGGCCGCUCGACGAUUAAUUAAUUACGACUCCUCUAAGUGUGAUGCCUAUAUAUAAAACGCAUGCAGGACGGGCUCUGUAAUUCUCCGGCGUUUGACGUUUUUUUUUUUUUUUUUUUUUCGAGUGUCAGCUAACGAUCAUUAAUCUCCAUUAUGGUCGCCCCAUACUCGCGUAAAAGAGGUCGGCGCGCCCCCAGAUGAUGACUUGUAGUAAUAAUAAGGUUCGCUCGUAAAACGAUACUAUACUUUACGACAUCGAAAAUAUUUCGACAACGACGACACGAUAUUGUUGUAUACACGACGCGGUGACUGUAUAUUAUAGUUUUGUUUUUUUUUUUUUUUAAAUGUUCCCAACAAACAAAAUUCUCUUAACAGGAAGUCGCCACGCCCGCAUCUAUACUUACUGUCUCGGGCUGUACCUUUGCGAAAUUGUACGUAUUAUUUUUCGAGUAAAUGUUGACGUUUAGGUUGAAAUUAGAAUUCAAACGUGAAUAACAAAAUUCAAAGAAUAGUAUAUUUUUGUCGGCUGGGCUUUUGAGUUAAAAAAUUGUUUACACUACGUACGGCCCUAGAAAAUAUUCCACCUCUUUUAAUUUUGUUAUUUGCAUUUAAACAUUUGGUUUCAACAUAAAUGUCACGUUUUAUAAGUAACAUAAUUUUGUUAUGUGGCCCGUUAGUUACACCGGGACAGUAUUUAUGGAUAGUGUCGAUAUUCGUAAUCGUGAUAUUUACUAUAACGCGAACCUAAGUCGUACAAACAGGGCGGUAAUAAUUAUGCAUCGAACUGUCUCGAAAGCAACUAUUACAUUGUCACUCGUGCAUGAUCGCCCAUGGUUACUGCCGUGAUAAUUACAGUGCGGAAUCACCGUAUUAAAUAUGAAAUUGGAUUUUUUUCGGAUCCGACUUAAUCAAUUCGAAUUGUUGAGUCAGGUAUCCCGAGUGGAACGUAAGAAAGACUCUACGAUUUAUUCACGAAUCUUGAUUAUUAUUUACUACGUCUUCUGUCAUUGCGGAGAUCGGUAUAAUAUCUCAUAGAUCAUUUUUUUUUUUUCCUGAACUAUAAGCAUUACUAUUAAAAUAUACAUGAUAUAAGUACACAUAUAUAACUUAUUUGUUAUCAGUUUAUAUUUUUAUCAAUUAAAGCGUUAUAAAUAAAUCAUAAUAGCGCGUUAAACGAGAGAUCGAUUUUAACUAUCGUGAUUUAUAUUAUUUUAUGUGAACCGAUAAAAAAAUACUUUUUUUUUCGGUCGAUCAAAAUAUUAUUAUUUUUUUUUUUGUAGAUAGUAUAAUAUAUUAUUACGUCUUUAAAGUUUGUUUUGCAACGAUGUGGGCUUCUGAACACGAUGAAAAAUACGAAUCGUUUUUACGAAAAUUAUUUUAAUGGGAUACUUCUAUUGUGUGAAGCACGGGAUAUUUCGAGAGGGAACAAUUUAUUAUUAUUUUCACUUGUGGUUUUAUCAACAGUGCACAAGAAGCGUUUCGUAUAAUAUUAAUAUUAUAUACGGGUGCCUAUAUAUUCGAUGCGACGUUUAAUAAUUUUAAUUACCCGCGUUAUUAUUGUUGCGAUCAAUCUCAAAAUAUUAAUUUAAUAACGUCGCUCGCUGCAGCUGCUGCUGUGUUGCUGCUGACAUACUAAAAAAAAAACAACAUUGUAAACUAAUAGUGUUUGUAUUGUAUUGUAUUUAUUAUGAUGGUCCGAUAGAGAAGGAGGGGCAGAAAACGAACAACAUUUCUCUACCUAAUCAUUUUAUAAUAAACUAGCUGUUCCGCCCGGCAUGCCAAUUUUUUAUUAUUUUUUUUUUUACCCAUUGAUAUUCCGUUGGUAUUCACCUUAUCAGUUAUGAACUAAAACAAAUAGGUGGAAAGUUGGUAGUCCACCUUUGGCGGAAUAAAAGUGUUCUCUAAUGACGUUCUUUUCAUGAUUUUCAUACGAAAAAUAUCGAAACCUCGAAUUUUGGUUUUUUUUUUUGGGGGGGGGGGGAAUUGGUGGAUCCUUGCUAAUUUUUUUCUUUUAUUUUACCGGUAAUACACCCGCCACACUUGAGCGUGAGCAAAUGCUUAAGGUGACGAGUCGCCAUAAUUUAUUUGACAACAAUUAACAACAAUUUGUAAAAUUUAACAUACAAUAUUAAAUAAAUAAUAAAAGAAAAACAACAAAACUCAAACUUUAUAUUCGUCAUUGGCUUUAGAAGGACCCUUUCUCGAGGCAGCCCGCCGCUCUGGAAACCUCGUUUAGAUUGAACAGCUACAUAAUUGCUGCUAGCACGCCAGUGGCGAUAGGUUACACGGUAUCCACCGCCACCUUAGCUAACCUAACCCAGCUUAACCCACCCGCACAUCAUAGGGAUUGCACUGUUAUAACAGUUUUUUUUUUUCAUCUGUUUUACCAAGAUAAAUGAUUCAACAGAAUUAAUUAAAUUCCGUAUUAAAAAUGUCUAAAAACCGGGGAUUAUAGGAAACAGUAUUAAAAAUGGGAUGGAUUUCGAUAGCUAUAUACCUUUUACGGACAACGCAGAACACUUUGCUGCUAUUUAUAAUUGAUGCUACACGGAAAACGUACAAACUGCCGCUAAUAAUAUGAAAUUCACACAUUCAGUGAAACGACGCGCGCGCCAUCUAUCGGAAAAUAGUUUUACUAACUCAGAAACUUUCGCAGGCUCGCGUUCAACCAUUUCCCAAAGUUUCAUCGCAAUCGGAUGAACAGUUUAGGAAGACAUAAGAGACAUACAGACAGACAUUAAUUUGUGUAUAUAGUAUAUCGAUAAUAUUAUUCUAUUACACACUGGAUGGUUACUCGGUUAUCAAGCACAACUCCGCGAUAAAAAGAUACGCAAUACCUGCGGAGUUACUCGCAAUAUUUCGUGUCGCUUUUGUUUUGUUUUGUUUUUAAGACACAUUUUUUACCUAUGGUAUUAUGACGCGAGACUUUUCUAAUGCUUAGUCGGAAAUAAGUACUAACAAAAUCAGCUUGAGUGGGCAUAAGUAACGGUUUGUAAAGUGUCAAAAAACUCGACAUUAUUGGUGGUGGAAACUAGCAUUGGAUACAAAGAGAUGGGAAAAAGUGUGCAGCAUACGGCCUCCGGCGCUAAAAAAAAUAACAGCUAAAAAAUCAGCUGUUUUAGGGUUUUAGAAAAAAUAAAAUAAAUAUCUAUUUAUUUUAAGACAUUAUAGCAAUGAGCCAUUACAUUUCCGCCGUUAAAAGCAAAUCUCCUAUAAUUAAAUACGAUGGAUACAAUCUGUACUUAAUGGAAUUAAAUAAUGAAACCAUUAUCGGAAGAUUGAGAGUCGAAAUAAGAUUAUAAGAAACGUUGCGUAUGCGGAGAAAAGUAAAGAUUUCCACUACUAUAAGCAUAAUUCAGUGGUAAUUGCCGUAUUCGCCUUUUUAACAGACUUAGUCGAUAACCAAUGGAAAACAAACAAAUAAUUGUUAAAAAAAAAAAUAAAAAAUAAUGUGGCUAUAGUUUUUUUGUAAUACAAGUUUUUAGAAAAAAGCUAUUUACAGUCCUCGAAAAUAUUUUCUUCAUUAAAUUUGUAUUAUUUGUGUUCAACUUAAACGGCACAAUUUAUGGUCUGUGUAACGGAAUUUUUCCGUGCGUUAAUAUGAAAUGGAGAAAACUCGCAUGCGUGUACGACAUCCUCUCGUAUUUAAAUUUUUCGUUUCUUUCUAUUUAAAAAAAAAAAAAAAAAAAACAUUAGGGGAUUGCAGUUAUUCAAAAUAAAAAUGUACGCUUGUUUAGACCGAAAGCUAGACAACAAUGUAGGACUUGGAUUUGAUUGAUGUUCAUUUUGAAAGAGAAUUUGGAUUAACAAUUAAGUUUAUAUGGUUUGGACGGAGAUGAUUUUAAAUAUUUUGGAAACUUUUUGUAUAGUAAAGCCUCAUUAAUCUGGACCCCAUUAUUCUGGACUUAGCUUAAUCUGGAUAUCCGUUUAAUAAUAUUUAUUAUUAGUAUAAAACGCAUUUAUAUGUACAAACAAACGGACAUACUUCGCACGAUGGGUGAGCUACUAUCCAUUCAGAAAGUAUUAACUUUUUCCGGAAUUUUUUUCUAGAACACAUUUAAGAAACAAGCUGCUCAACAAAUUUAUAUGUAUGAUAUUUUUUAUCACUCUUAUUUUUGGGAGUAAAACCACUACCUACUUUUGAUUAUAAAAUGACAACCUAUAUUAAAAAUGCCAUAAACAGGUGGAGUAUUAGUUAAAAUAAAUUUUAGUGCUGACAUUUUUGAUUUCCGUCGUCUCCUUAACGAGAUAUUACACUUUUAAGUUUGGGUUGGAGGAGAGUAGUGAAAUAUUUUUGUGUGGCGGUAGAGCGCGCGGCGUGUUAACUUUAAGCUAUAAACCUUGGAGUGUACCCACUUAAAUGGAUCACCUGAUACAUUUGAAAUACUUUUUUUUAAUUUGACUUUAUAGUUAAUUCAAAUAGGUUUGCAAAAUUAAUUUGGAAAUUACUAAUUUAAAACUCAAUAUUAAAUUAUUUAAGUGCCUAUAUUAUUAAAGCUUGGUAUCAUCUAUAUCAUUUUAAUACUGAAAAGUUAAAAUAAAUAAAAUGCGCUGCAUAUAUUACUUCUGGAAUAAUUUAAUACUUUUAAUUUACUAAACGAAUUUUAAUGAAAUAGUAAUUAUACAUUUAUCAUGCUAAAUCGUUCCCGAAAUAUUGUAUAGCACUUAAUUAAAGUGACUUAAACAACAUGGGUUUCUCAGAGUGUUAAUACGAAAACGUUUGUUGGAAGCCUCUCAUGGUAGUUUAAUUUCUCUCUCAACACUGUCAGUUUACGUUUGCGCGACUUUGUUCUCCUCAGGACGACAUCCCAAGAUUCCAUAAUUAAUAUUCAAUACUUCUAGUAGAAAACAUAAUUUUAGUAGUUAACAUAAUAAAGAAUACAGCGAAAACGAAAAACAAUGUAUACAAAAUAUGCAAAAUGCAUUAUUGUAUUAUUUAAAAACAAUCUAAAUCGAAGAUUUUUCGUGUCAGAUUUCGAAUAGCUUAUCCUAACAAAUAUGGGCAUUUAUAUAUAAAUCCGUUCUCUAAUUAUUAAUGUUUUAUACGCAGGUAUUCAAAAAAUUAAAGAGGAAAUUAUUUUCAAUAAUUGUUCGUGAACAAAAGGUUAUACUAAUAUAAAUUGCUUGUACAUUAACUUUUGUCCUGUAAUCUGGUCACACUGAUUUGAGGUACAUUCGAUUUGUUUACAUUUUAGAUUUAGAGCAAUCAUUUGUUUAAUCUCAGAGUGCAGGAGCGUUUAAAUGCUGGGAUGAACCGCUGAACCGCUCAUAGUGCGCAUAAUACUCAUUGCGCGUGUCGUGCGCGUAACGUAGAUAACAUGUUGAUUAUCAUCGGAAAACUAACAUUUUGAAUACAUAUUUUUAUCAUAUUCAAAACUUACUGCUCUUACUCUAAAUUAACUUCUACCCAAAAUAGGUGUUAAGCCACCUUUAUUUAUCUGUUAUUUCAUUUAAGGGGAUUGAUAAAACACAUUUUAUCUAAUACGCGCAGCACAUCGGAAUUUAGAAAUGUUUGUAUUUUAACAUAUUAUAACUGAUUGACGCAAGUUUAUGUAAACAAAAUAUUACAAAUAAUUUCUGGAUAUUCACUGAUGAUAUUAUACUAACUUCUGAUCAGUGUUAAUUAGCGUAUAAUUUUGUUUUUUUUUUUUUUUUUUUUAAUUCACGAUCUAUUUCUUUUUUAAAAUGUAUUUUUUCUUGGGAUAUUUGUAAUAAAACAUUUUCAAUAAAAUACUCAUUAGAGAGACAUAAAAAAAAAAUGUCCACAAGACAGAAAAUAUUACUCUUGGAAAAACAUAUUUUUUAAAACGUAAUAAUUGCAUUGAUCUUAAUUAUUUUGAAAAAAAAAAACUAUUGAUUAAUCAUUUUAAUUUUAGCAUGACAUAUCAACAAGGAAAUUUUACAGUUUAAUAAUAUUAAAGGUUUGUUUGUUAAACUAAUCUGUUUGCACUACAAUAAUAAAUGUUUAAAUCACUUAUUUUUUUUUUUAUUUCUAUUAACAAUAUUUAUUCAAAAUUUUAGUUUUAUUCUGGUAAUCAACAUGUUAUCUACGUUACGUGCACGAAUAGACAAUGGACAGUGCGCGUGCGUACCAUGAGCGAUACAUACCUGUAUUUAAACGCUCUACAGAGUGCAUCAUCUGGUUUUAUAUAACCUGUAGUAUUAAUAUAAAAUAACCCAGAAAUGCAUGUAAUCACUAUUAUAAAUACCGGUUCUUACUUUGUCCAUUUCCUCAGUCCCCCAAUUUUUAAAUUUGACAUUUUUUUCGGCCUAAUCGUUAAUAUCCCGUUAGUAUUGGUUAGUAGAACAAAAACCAUCGUUAGUGGAUAAAUGGUUUUUGUUUUUGUUUUUUUUCAUUAAAAAAUUCACUGGGUAGGGGAAUUGGAGAAAUAGCCAUAAUCGUCAAUUUGCAGUUUUUUUCUAUGGCCACGAUAAAAAAAGUUUAGCCAUCACUAAGUUAGACAUUAAAUAAUUAUUAAAAUGUUUUCCUUUCGAUAAAGAAACAUGUCUUUGUAAAACAAAUAGCUUUACUCUAAAAUAAAAUAAAAAAUGGUAUAUUGGAUGUUCCAACGUUGUUUAAAACGUUGCGUCAAUAAUUUAUGCAUGGUUACUCAGUGUAGUAGUACCUACUAUUCAGUCGGUUUUGACACCUAAUUCUUGUUUGUGUUCUUGAUUGGCGCUACAUACUUAGCAACUUGUAGUUAUUUGAUUUCCGCUGUAUGCGGAUCAGUUAGUUUAAUCUGUUAUAGAAUUCUUCGUAAAAAAAAAAAAUCUUUAUUGCCUAUACAGUGAUUUAUAUCGUUUAUUGGAUACAUUAAAUGCGAUGGCGAUUUUUAUUAUCCUACGAUGUUGUAUAAAAUCCGUAUCGUAAUAGUAGAUUUUGGUAAUUUUUCCAGCCCUCCAUUGAAUUUUUGUGAAAUUUUUUUAAAAAAAUGUGCGUGUUAUUUUAUCCCACUUGAUUUACUUCAAGAUUUUACGCACGGUUUAGCGCGCGUGCGUGAUAACGUUUACUCGAACUGCUUCAUGACAGUUGACUAAUGAGGGAUACCAUUAGUCUCAAUCAGUCUGUCGGCUAAUACGCACUUCAUAUGUGAUUACGUUUCUGAGUGUUUCGUGUUAAAAAGGUGUACAUUGUAUUGUAAUUUUUAAAAAGCGUUAUUAUUAUUAUAAUAAGAGUUAAAUAUUAUUAAUUUAUAUUUUGAUCUACAGAAACAAACAGUGAUGUCGCUAAGUACACCUAAUCCACCUAAUUUAGUUAAAAGGCGUAGGCCUGUAUCUCUUUCUCUUAUCGAUAAACUACGCGUAGUAGUACAACUCGAAAAGGGGACGGCUGUGUCGAGCAUUUGUGCGCAAUAUGGGAUUUCCAAAUCUACUGUUUCGAAUAUUAAAAAGAAAAAGGACGAUUUAAAAAAUUAUGCUCUGAAAUUGGAUGUAAAAAAGAAAUCAAUGCAAACCCUAAGCCCUAAGCCAAAAUGUAGUGAAAUUAAAGACCAUCUAGAUAUUAUCAUUCAAUUCGUUGAAGAUAACGACGAUAAAAACAUAACUGCACAUUGCGAAAAUUUGAAGCAACUGCGUGAAAAGAUUAAUAGAAAAAUUAAUGUCAGUCUAACACAAACAAAGAUCAGCAGUUUCUUCAAAUCAGAAAGUGAGUCAAGUGUGGUCAAUGAAACUGUACCCAGAUUUCCACGUUUUAAUUCUGUACUGCUAUAGUUAUUCUGUAUAUUGUAGGGCCUAAUAAUGUAUUGAAAUAUACCUUUUAAAUAAACAUUUUAUUUCUUAAAUUUAAAAUACACGUGCGUUUUAUUGAACAGAUUGUUUAAAUUGUUUAACCUUGGCACAUUGCACAAGUUAUUUUGUUUAAUCCGGGCUUUCAUUUAUUCGGUUAUCCUAGAGCGGUUCAACCUUUUGUAGUUGGCGGGCUGGUUUACACUUUCGUAAAAACACCGGGGCCCGCUUAAAGAAAAAAAAUGAUAUUAUUAUUUGUAAUUUAUUUUAUUACAAACAUAUUAUACAAUGCAAAAAUUAUUACAUCGCAGAUUAACCGACUUAAUAUUCUAUCAUAAUUAGUUCGAUUUUUGUUUUUAAUACAAGUCAUCUAGGGGAGGGGGACAAAAAAACGGCUUCGCGGGUCGCAGGUUUGAUCACCCUGGGUUAACCUAAUCAAUCCGGAUUAAUGUUCGAUUAUUUCUACAGUAUUAUAAUGAAAAAUAUGAAAAACAAAAAAAAAAAAUACAAAUAGGUAUGUAAAUAAUAUUUAUCGUCGUCACAGCAGAAAGUGUAAAUAUUUCAAAUCCCCACCGCCAUAACCCAGUAACGCUGUUAACCAAUCAAAAUCCGUUUUCAAAAUGAAAAUAUAUCAAAUCGAAUUCCUACACGUUUUUGUUUGCACAUUCGUUGGUUAAAACGGACCGUACCGCGCCUAUUUCCCUAAAAUAGUGAUAACGGACAGUAGACCAGCGGAAAAGUCUUACCAUUAACAUAGGUGGUCAGGUAUGGUUCACACAAAUCGAAGACAUAUUUGAAAACCGACGCCAAAGUCUUUGAUUCAUCUAUGUAGGUAAUUUUAUUCCCACGCGGCAUUUGGGAAACGAUAAUAUUUUGAAACGGUUAAAUAAUAAAUAUGUUAAUAAUAAUAUUGUAUAAAUAUGUUAUUCUUACGAUACCGAAAUAUUUUGUUACAUUAUUAAUAUGAAAAUGUUUUCUAAAUAUUUGUACAAUGUUUCCAAGAAAAUUAUAAGAAAUUGAACGUUUUAAAAAGUACGAGAUGAAAAUGUUUUCCAGACAUGAACUAUUCGGGCAAAAAUUAUUUCGAUAAUAUACAAUACACACCAUUGUUUUACAAUAAUCGAACACAAGUUCCCGAUAGUGUUUUGUUUACGUUUUAGAAAUAUUUUUUUGGUACGCGGAUUAUUGCGCGUUACGUAAUAUCUGGAUUUCAAAUAUAAUUCUGUCGCACGGGCCGUGCUUGAAAUUUUGUCCGUUUAUAAAAAUGUACAUUAUCAACGGUUGAAUUACAGGGGCCUGUUUGUCGUCGUGUGAAAACGUAUGUAUUGCUGUAAUGUCGCCGUCACCUCUGCCGCCGGCACAGCGGGACUAUUCUGGUCCGUUGUUAACCAGUAUUCCGAUAGUGACAUCGGACGCAAAAUAUAAUUACUGAGCAACGCUCGAAAAUUCAACGCGCGUCGAAACCACCGAUUAAUCGACCGUUCAUCAGCCUAUCGUCAUUAUGUUAUGAACAUUCAACGCUAAAUUUCGGUCGACAGUACAACGAAUAGCUUGGUUGUAACCCGGGCGUUUUUAAUGUUAUUUAUUUCACCGUCGGCGACACGUGUAUUGUAACAACGUUCCGUAGGUCGAAUGUCCCUUGUCGAAAAUCAAAACUGUAAACUUACCACGAACCGCGUCGGCCGUGUUGAGAACUACGACACAACGCCGCUCGCGUUGAUAAACAAAUUAGUCAUCGCGGUUUCGGUUCGCGUUGUGCACCAACACGGCUGUUAAUUACCUUUACAACGCGGCUAUUAUUAUUAUUAUUGUAAUCGUACCGUAGACGCGUAAACUCAUUACUACGCCGUUAUCUAUAAGAGGACUGGCAGUGUAAUCGCUUUGUUAACAAAACGUUAAUUAUUUUUAUCGGUAGAUAUGAUACGACAAUUUAUUAUCGAAUUUGUUUUUUUCCCGCCGCCGCCGCCGCCGUGCGUCGUACGGCUGUUUUAUGCUACUGAAGUUGUUUACCGCCGAACGCGGUACGUGUUUGGACGGAAUCGGUAGUUCUAUAGUAUUUGUUGUUACAUUUAAAGCGACCGCCUCUGGAUCGGCAAGGUCCGGUUAAAUUCAAUCCGAACGCACGGCGUAGGCAACCCAACCGUUUCGAGCCGUUUUCGACCCUCCCCUCCACACCCUUACUAUUAAAAUUAGCCGACGCCAAAUUACGUAGGUAUUUAGACGACCGAACGAAUCUCGUAUACUAAGUGUUGGUCGGAAUAAAAUUACGAAAUUGGAACGUGGGGCUACUGGGGAAAUGUCUGGAUGCGAAAAUUUGGACCCUAAACGAAGGUCAUAAGCGCGGCUCGGAGUUUAUAGCACUCAACUAACCUAACCUAACUAAAAUAUGCGCUAAAAAAAAUCUUAAAAUAACCCAAAGUAUAAGCAACGAUAUAACCCGUUUCUUACAAGAAAAAAAAAACGAUUCUGAGCGGAGUUUAUUUGAUAACGAUGAUCUGUCAACAAUAUAUGUCAGAUUAAUGUAAAAUAAUUAAUAGGCUUUAUAUAUAUAUUCUUUUUAAUAAUAUUUGUUUAAUGUUGUAUCGAUCUUCCUGGUUUUCCAACGUUCUUCCCCGGUUUUUCCAUGCUUUUCCCGUUUUUUCUCUGUUUUUUUUUUCGGUUUUUCGCAUUUGAUGAGAAAACUCUUAAGAAAAUCGAAAAAUGACUUUCUUAAAGUAACUGCCCGCAUCGAUCACUGUCAAAAUCUACAUUAAACGGAUCUAGUGUGCUCGCUCAUAAUUUAUCUACCAUUUAUACGUAUCUAUUCUAUUUUAUGAGUCAUAAUAUAAAACACAAUAAUCUCGAAAUACAUUGCACCGACGAUUUGUUGACAUUUUUGUAUUGUUUCUUAUCUCAUGCAAACAUUUUGUCGUACUUUAGAAUAUUAUUAUAGUAUGCGUAAUAGAAAUAAAUAUUUGAUUUUCCGACAACUCAAUUAUAAUGUUGUUAUUAUUUACAAUACAUACAUUCCAUACAUUUAUCGGUGUUUUUUUGUUAUUAUUAUUAUUAUUAUUAUUUAUUGUUGUUACAACACAGCAGUUGAAUAAUAGUUUUUAAAAUUAUAAUUCAUUAAUUAAUCACCGUAUAUUAAUCGGAAAUAUGUUCAUUUGCACAAGCUGUUUAUAAAACAAAUGUUUUUGAGAAAUAUUAUAAGAUAUUUAUCGGUACCCAUACCAACAUAUAUAACUACUUACAUGCAUACUUAUUUACUUGUACUUAUUAAACUAAUUGCAGACACACACAAUUUUAUCCUAUUUUGUGUGCCUUUAAAAAAAAAAAAAAAAAAAAAUGCAUGUAAUUUUUGUUGUUACAGCAAAUAUGAACAAAAAUAAUGUUACAAUGAAUAGAAUUUUAUCCGAAAACAGUUUAUUUUCAUAUUAAACUGUAUGCUGUUUUUUUUUUUUUGUUAAUUUAGUUUGCGAAGAGGCGCUGGCAUUAAUACUCAAGAUCAGGCUGGCUUUACCGCGUUGCAUCACGCUUCGUUAAACGGGUUCAAGUAAGUAACUAUAUUAUUAUAAACUUAUUCAUAGUUUGUGUGAUAAACUAAAUAAAUCACAAAUAAUAUUAUUAUAAACUUUUUGUGUGUGUGUGUGUGUGUGUGUACCGCUCGGAUACACACAAUACGUUUUCCAUACAGCCUGGUACGCUAUUUAAAAUCAAAUUAAGAAAAGCAAAAUAACAAUAUAACGAGAAUUAAACCAAGACCGAACACAUUAACGAGUUAAAAGUCAUAGCGUAUUAAUUUUAAUGAAUAAUGAGUUAAUCUUUAACUAUACCACGCUAAGUUGAUUCCAAUUUCUUUAAAUUUCAACGCAAUAUUAAAGCUACAGCCUACAAAUUAUUAUUUUAAUUAUUUAAAUAGUACAUUUUUUUGUUUGUUUUUUUUUUUUUUUUUACUCGACACUGUGCUUGAAGUUAUUAGUAUAUACGUUUUCCAUAAAUCCUGUUGUGUUUAAUCCUUCGCUGAUAAAACCCCCCUUGUGUUUAACACAUUAUUCCUUAUUAUCAAGACGAUCACAAACUCUAGGUUUAAGCGUUUUCAUUUCGAAAAUAACAAUUAUUCAAACAACGCAUCAUAAUUAACUUGAGUGAAUGAGUUAAUUACAUUUUCAUAUUAGUUUUGUAUUAUUAAACUUUUACAGUUACCGAAUAAAACAAUUACAAACUUUUAACGUGUUAACAUUUGCAUCAUUUUCAAUUCAACACAUUAUAAUAUUCUCACGUGUACGUAUGUUAUUCAUCGAAUUGCUGAAACCCAUUUUUUUUUAAAAAAACCCUCCCUACCGCCGAUUCGAAUGUUUAAAAAUCUCGUCCGUGUAAUACGUAAGUGGUGUCGUUAUGUUAUCAGGGAAAUCGUUCAACUUCUCCUGUGCAACGAAGCGUCGACGAACAUUGUCGACCAAAAAGGUGCCGCCGCGCUUCAUUAUGCUGCGUGGAGGGGCAACGUAGACAUUGUCCGGCUGUUGCUCUGCCACGGGCCGUCGAUACCCAACGUCAAUCAGACGGUAAUCUAUAAUAUUAUUAUGGUUAAUAAUUAGAGGUCGGAAUUUGGGUGUUUCGCAUAUAUGUAUUUUCUUACGACUCCGAUGCGAUCGUAGUAAAAUAUCUAUUUACAAUUCACGGAACGCUAAAUUCGGGGUUUGGAAGGGGUGGGGAGGUUAUUGCGUGAAUUACAUUUCUUUAUUUAAGAUACAAAAAAUAAAUUUAGCAGUGUAUACGUUGUGACGUAAUUGCGAAUAUACUGCUUAAAAAGUAAAAAUCCGAAAUUGUGUUGUAUAGAAUAUCUGUUCGGAUGUUUGAUUGUACCGACAUAAAAACAACAUAUUAUUGUAAUAAUUGAGAUUUUCAGAGAAUAUAAUUCCGAUCUCUAUGAAUAACAAUAACACAAUUGCAAUACUAUGGAUUGGUGCAUAGCGUUUACUUACUUAUUAGACGCGUUUGUAAAUAAUUAUUUAUGUGUUAGACGAAAAAUCAAGAGACUCCGCUGCACUGUGCCGCCGAACACGGCCAUUCGGGCGUAGUGGCACUUCUCCUAGAACACGGUGCUGAUCCUACCAUAAGAAAUCACAAAUACGAAACUCCUUUAGAUCUGUGCGCACAAUACGGAAGGUAGGACUAAGGACACUGUAUAAACAAUUAUAAUACACUAUAACCAAGCACGUAUACAGCGGCGGUAAGGGUUCGAACCCCCCCUUCUGUAAUUUAAAAAAAAAUGUAUUAUACACUAGUUAUCUAGUUUAAAAUAUUUUAUUUAUUUUAUUCGUAAACAAUUAUUUUUUACAUAAAAAAAAAAAAACAAAAAAUGCUAAAAGAAUAAAAAUAUUACUUUAAUUGUAUUCACGAAACAAAAAUAUUGCUGACGCAACUCCACAUUGAACCAAUAUUAAAAAACAAUUGCUUACAACAUCCGCACUCUAUAUAGUUAUAAAUUACGUACAAAAAAACUGUAUAUUUCACCGUGUGAUUCGGUGGUUUUUGAAAUGUUCUCGUUACGAUUAUUGUACGUUAUGUUUAUACGGUUUUUUAGUGCUUGUUGUUAUUUAACGGUAUAACAACGUUGCAAUAAGACACGACGUUUUUAUCGUUGUUUAUUAGAAACCGAACAUUUUGAUUUACGGGCAAUAACCAUAAUAAUACACCACUUUUUAUCACACUUUGAAACGGGGUUAUGAGUGUUUUAAAAACAUAAAGUUUUUUUAUUACUCGACGGAUGCAAAAUGGGUUGUUUUUUUUAUCACAUUGACAUAUAUUUUUUUUUACUAAGAAUACGAUAUUUUAUUUGAAUGAAUAGACUGGAGACUGUGGAACUGAUUAUUACACAACGGCCAGAACUGAUACGAUCGUACAACUCUCGCGCCGCGGGCAUACGGUUCAUAAUUUUUGCUCAUACUCCCUUACAUUUAGCAAGCCGAAAUGGCCACAAGUAAUGUUUUUUUCUCAUUAAUUUUUGCCUAUCAAUAUGUUAUUCUUCUAUAAAAUGCAAGUUGUACGUUUUCAAAUCAGAGCCGUAGUGGAGCUGUUAUUGGCGGCCGGAAUGGAUGUUAACGUCCGUACCGCCAACGGCACUGCUCUUCACGAAGCCGUUCAAUGUGGUAAGACUGAAGUAGCUAGAACGCUGAUUAACCAUGGUAUUAACACUCGUAUAAGGGACAAUCAUGUACGUACGGUGGAAGAUCUUCUGAAACAGUUUCCGCCAAAAGCCGGUCCUGCUGUAGAAAUAGCAGCCAUGUUGCAAAGUAUGCAAAUUAUUAAACAACAUUUUAAAGUUAAUACCCAUUAUUGUUUUGAUUUUUUUUCUUCACUUAUUAAGAUCACCAAUUCAAUAACAACAACGAUAGUGACAUGGAAACCGAAAGGAGAAGUGAAAACGGUGAUUCAGUGUCAGUUCCUCCGUUAAGUAGUCCUUACGAAAAUAAUAUUUUAUCACCUAGUCCUUCUCCUACGCGUUGGGAAAAGCACAAAAGCCGUCGAGUGUCAGAGUCUUCGGCGUAAGUCUAGUAAAAUUCAAAAUAACGGCCAUGUACAGUAUUAUUAACUAUUAUUCCUCAUCUGUAUAGAUUUUCUGAUGGACAUUACCAUACCGGUCGUUGGUACAAAAACGAGCCCACUCCACUUUCCAGGUCUUUAAUAGAAUCUAGUUUUCUCUCGGGUCCCGAAUUGGACACUGUUAGUAUAAGUUCUUCAACGACUUCUAGUGGUCAUAGACCCGUAUCAUCUUUUUAUAUGCCGAUGGCACCAUUGAAUCAAGCAUCAGCUAAUAUUUCCGUAAGCUAUAUGAAAUAUAACAACAUCUAGUCCAAAUGUCUAUUUUUAGUUUUGGUUUAUUUUUGUUAUUAACAGCCCGUGACAUCCAAAAGACUGACACCUGCAGCCGAUUCCCCUUCGCGAGUGCUCACUAAUAACAGUAGUGGAGCUUAUGAAUAUUUGUAUUUUGCGACGUCGGGCUCCCCUUCCUCCGAUCAAAACCGUCGGGGAGAAGUACUACGUCGGGGUAAGUCGGCUGAUCAAUAUGUCGAAAUGAAACUGCGACCAACAUCAGGAGAGGAACCUGUAGCAUUAACUUCAAUUUACCAAAAUGUCCCGAUUCGCACAACAAACCCCCGAAGGAAAUUAAAACGGCACGAUAAGGAUCCGGGUGCUAUAUUAUCACGGGGUGAUUUACAAUUCAAACGUGUAGAACUAGAACCCGCUACAACUAACCAAGUCAUAGUUUCCGAUCAUAAUGGCUUUAUUACAACUACAAUUUCAUCGUCUAGAGAAAGUUUACUUGAUGGUGGCGAUGAUACGCCUUCGAAUAACUGGCCUUUAAGUCCUACAAACUAUCACCAAGCGCCAACUCCCGAUCAUCCACCACCAUCACCGUUUCAAGCUGAACGUAGCAUAGAUGCGAGGAUACGACCAUUAAGUCAGGUAAAGUACAAAACAAUGUUUUAAAGAAAAGUAGAAUUAAUUAAUUCAGUGAAAAAUAGCUUCAAUUAAACUUUCCGUUCAUAGAACUAUAGUAAUCUUAAAAGAAAAUCAAGAGAUAUGGAAACAGAAAUUGAAGAAGAUUUAUUAGUUAUUACUUGGGUUCCCGAAUCGCACGUAUUAUUAAACGACAAAAGUUGUUCUACUAACGAAGAAACUCCCGUAGAAGAGUUUGUCGGAGAUACGACUUUCGCAGGUUUGUCAAAAGUAAAUAAAUUUAUAAAAAAAAUGUACUUCUUAAAAAUCGUUUUACGUAGGCCUACUCAAAGGAUCUAUCAAUAGUAAUCGCGCUGAAAGACCAAAAACUUUACGUAAAUUACGUUCAGUGUAUGAUCCUCCGGUCACAAGUCAAUCUCCUGGUUCUGUAGAAGAUCAAUCGAAAAAUUCUAGUUCGAUGCUAAGUCCAUUUGACGAACAAGAGGAAUGGGCAAAGAUAUCAGAUUUGAUAACUAAUCUAGGGAGCGGAAAUGCUAAAGAAUCUAUGUGUAACGAACUCGAAAAAGAAUUUCAAGCAAGACUAGGUACUGUUAAAAAAUACUUUUUUUUUUUUUUUUUUGGUAGUGAGUAGUAUUUUAAAACAUAAAAUAUUGUUUUAGGAUUGAAUAGAUCAGAUAGCAAAGAAAAGUCGAAAAAGAAUGGGAGUGACAGUCCGAUGACUGUUGAGUCGUGGUUGUUCGGAUUAGGUUUCCAAGACUUUGUUAACGCAUUUGUUGAAUUUGGCUAUGAUAAUUUGAAUUUUAUUGUAAGUACUUACAAUUUGAAAAAUGUACAAGUAAAAUAUUUAGGGUAUUUUAAUUUACAGUAUUCAAAUUAAAUUUUACCAGACGCUAUUAUCAUUAUAAAAAAAAAAAAAGAAGCAUUAUUUUUUAGACUUAUUAAUUAAUUCACAUUAGCACGUAAAAUAUUUUCGUUGAAAUCGAGUACACUUUUUUUUUUAAUUUAUAAUUUUAGAACGGUGUAUUAGUAGCAGCGGAUUUGAAGGACAUGGGGAUUGAAAAAGAAAAUGAUAGAUCGAAGAUAUUAGAAGCAGUUGUCGAUUUACCAUGCGUCGUAAAACAUUUCUGGACAAAACGGUACACCAAGGAUAUUCCAGAAGCAAAAAGCAAAUCUAUCGCUGAUUUGGACAAAGUUGACGACGAAGAAGACGCUAAACAGAUGGAAGAAUGGUUGACUAGCAUUGAUCUGGCGUGUUACAUAGACACAUUCCGUAAACAUCUGUACACGGAUCUCGAACGAAUCGCAAGAAUCUGGGAAGUGGAACUCACCGCGGUGCUAGAAAUCACCAAACCCGGUCACAGAAGACGAAUAUUGUCGUCCGUCGAUAACAGUAAGUCUCAAUUGCUACAAGCGGUUUCUGUUGGUGACGGUUUGAACGACGUUGGCAACGAUCUAAAACAAUUGGUAAGCAAUUUAAAUAGUUUCCUCAAACUCGACGCUUGAAAUCAUCAUUUCUUCCUAUAAUUUGAGUAGUUUUUUUUUUAUAACUUGUAAUAUUGUGACACGAACUAUACACAUUAAUUAUUUAUUUUCCGAAUGCUAUUAUUUGUUACAGAAAAACAACAUUCAAUCACUCAGGGAUAAAGUAAACACCAAACACUCCGUUCACGUUACUUCGGGCACGGCUACACUCAGACAUAACCCGAAAAAGUCCAGGCACGCUCCUCUCCCUCCGCCGCUCCAAAAUGCCAUAAAUCGCAACAACAGUGACCUGGUCAUCAGAGGACCUUCCGAACUGCUUAUCGGAGUCCCUUCGACGUUGGUCACUCAAUGGAGACACCAACCGGCCGCCUUGAUCACCGGCAACGUCAAAUACAUUGCUUCGGUAAGUUUGAAAACAAAAAUAAAAUUUACAUUUACAAGUUCAGUAAAGUAUAUGUGUCAAAUAACUGAGAUCGAGGAAAUCACCAAAUGUCAUAUAGCGUCCCGCGUUUGUUUUUGUUUUUUUUUUUUUUUUUUUUAUAGUAUUUGGGUUCCACCGAAGUGAAAGAACCCAGAGGUACGGAGUCGACUAAACAGUCAAUACAAAAACUCAAGCACACCGUGGCCGCCGGCGCUCAACGGACAUUGCCCGAGGUGGCGCUCGUGAUAUCGUACCGGGGAGUGAGAUUUAUGGACCCGGUGUCGGGCAGUCUAGUGUGCGAACACGAGAUCCGGAACAUAGAUUGCGCGUGUCAAGAUGCGGAUGAUCUGAAACAUUUCGCGUACAUAACCAAAGACCAUCACACCGGCUCAAAUUACAGUCAUGUUUUCAGCGUGUCUUCCAUGGUGAGAUGAUAUAAAAAUAUAACAAUACCAACAGGGCCGUAUUUAGGAGAUAGUUCGGGGGAGGGGGGGGCAAUAUCCGUUUGAAGUCAACGACAGUUUCGUUAGUUGUAUUGCGAGUUGACUGUAGCAGUUACAGGCGAUGGUGUAGUAUUGUAAUGAAUAUUCGGUUAUUCAUUCAGGUUUUCGCGAAAAAUAUAUGCGGUCUCUAAUACAAAAUAGAUGGUGGGGGGGGGGAAUUCGACCUUGAUGACGGGGAAGCCUACAGAAGCUCAUUGACGUUUUUAUCGUUGUGCAUAGGAUCAAGCGACCGAAAUAAUUCUGACGUUGGGCCAAGCGUUCGAGGUCGCCUAUCAGAUGGCGCUCAAAAGUCAGGCGGGCGCGGGCAAUCGGAACGGCAAUAACGGCCACACGAGAUCGCAUUCGGCCAACCACGUGUUGCCGAACAUGAUUGCCGGUGCUCGGGACGGUCGGAGCGGUUCGCAUCAGCACGCCAGGUCUCAUUCCGUGAACGAGAUCAAAGUGAACGGCAUCCUGCAAAAAGGCGAGUCCAACGAAAAGUCUUAAAAUAUACUAGUCCGUAAUAUUAUAUAGGUAGGUACUCUCGCGACUUACGAAAAUGAUACAAAUUUAGACAUUUCGGCAUAUUAUUAUUAUUAUAAUAUAUAAUAAUUGUAUUGAGUUCAUUCAGUUACCAGAUAUUUUCGUGUUUACCAGAAGCGUUGGUUUAUGAAAUAUGAUAUUGUAAGAGUAAUAUGCGUAGACAUUAAACACAUUUAUAUAUAUAUAUAUUACCUAAAGCAAUUUUAUCUUUCCAAAAAAAAAAAAAAUGCUCAAUAUGAUUACAAAACAUAAAAUAAAAUUAACACGCUUGAUAUAAAAUACAAUUAUAUUGCUCGUCUUUUUUUCGCAAAACAACUCAAUAUGCAGUGAACAAUUUAUUUUAUUUUAUUUUUUUCUUUAAACGUACCAACAUAAUAUUAUUAUUAUUAUUAUUAUUAUUAUUAUAGCAAUUAUUAAUAUCAGAUUUUAUGAACAUUCGUAUCUCGGUAGCACUUAUUUUAGAAAAUAUUAGUCUAAUUCGUCGUCUAAUUGUAUAAUAAUAUUUAUAAAUAAUUAAUUCGUAAUUUAUUGAUGAUAUAAUCUUUAACUUAAAAAAAAGUUCACUAACUUACUAUUAAUAUUGUUAUUACUAGAUAGGUGCUAAGAUCGUAUUCUUAAUGUUUUUAAUCGGGCGUUCCUAUUUGAUUUAUUAUUAUUAUAUUGAUAUAAAAAAAAAACGCAUCAGCCAUAUUAUAAUACAAAAAAAAAAAAAAUAAUAAUAAUAACAAAUAAACCGAGGCCAAAUAUUUGAUUAUUUUACACCCAAUUUUUUGUGAUAUUUAUAAAGCCUUUUUACAUUUUAUUAUUAUUAUUAUUAUUAUUAUUAUUAUUAUUAUUAUUAUUUAUUAUAUUAUUGUACAUAUGAAAAAAUGUUAUCUCAAUUUUAAUUUUUUUUUUUUUUUUUUUAUUUCCAUUGUAAUUUAUAUUUUAAGUGAGGACUCAAACACCAACCAUCAUCUUCCUUUAUUAUUAUACACUUUAUAAUAUUAGAUUACCUAUACCGUACAAUACAACAUAACGAUUAACAUAUCCACGCGUACACGCGUAAUAAAAUCCCUAUGAUAAUGCACCCGCCUCUUCCCGACGCCGCCUCCACAGUGAUAGACCGCGGACCGUGCGUACGGGGUUAAAAGACGCACAGCUAUCGAUAUCGAGCGAAAGUGAUAGAACUAUAGCGAAAGGAUUAAUCACGGACAGAAAAACGAUAAGACAUUCGUUAGUAAUAAAGAAACAAUAAUAACAUAAUGUUCUCUCCCGCGGUCAAAUGACCGUCCGAUAUUUCCGUCACAUUCGCUCGUCCAAAUAUCCGUAGCCGUCGCGCAACGCCGGCGGGCGGCGAGGGGAUCGAACGCGCGGUCUGCAGUCAUUACGGUUUUGCGUCUAUAAUAUUAACAUUUUUGAAAUAUAUUUCCGCAUUUGAGUAUAAAAAUCGUCGAAAGCUGUGUUUCGAUGUUUGUUCGCUUUUUAACGUGUGAUUUAUCGUAGAGAAAUAUCUAUUGAAACAAUAUAAUGUAACCAAUACAAAAAUGAUAUUAUAUUAUAUUUACGAUUAGUCGGUUCUGAAAUUAUUAUUAUAACGUACGCGAUAACCGUUGCUUAUUGUUAACGUGCAUGUGUGUGUGUGUGUGUGUGUAUGUAUAUAUAUAUAAUAAUGUCACUGAAAUUAAUUUGUUUUGUUAAACGGUUGUGAACGUAAAUAUUAUUAUUGUUGUUAUUAUUAUUAUUAUUAUUAUUAUGAUGAUGAUAAUAACUGUGUGCCAUGCUAUACGCAAUCAUCGUUGUGACGUUGUGACUCCCGAAAUAAUAAAUAAAACGAAAAAAAAAAAAAACCAAAAUAUACUUACAUGUUUUACGUUAACGGCGUGAGUGUUUUAUUUUGUACGACUUUGUCGAUACGGCGUGCCAGCGCGCGGCGUGUGUCCUCG